AUGCCAACGAACAGGCCCGGCCCCUGGCGGCCACCAGGGCUCCAGGGGCUUCCUCCAGGCAUGGGCUUCAGCGGUGCCGCCGCAAAGGGAGGCAAGGGCAAGGUCUCAGAGUCCAUGAGCCUUUUGGAGGAAAUGAAACUGAAACAAGAAAAGCGAGAGCAACGGAAAAGAUUGAGAGAAGAGGUCGACUCUCUCAUGGUUUCUUCUCCGCAGGACAUCGGACGCAUUGCGCGGCUGAGGCAAGAGCUCUCAUACGUGGAAGGAUUUCUCGCUCAGGCUGAUGGGAACAUUGCGCUGCCCACCCACCAGCCGCAGACUACGGGGCCCUUGACGGCUGCAGAGGGGCAGGACACCAACAAUCUCUACGUGGGAUCUCUGUCAACAGAAUGGACUGAAGAGCUGCUUUCGCGUGAGUUUGGCCGUUUCGGAGAGAUCACUUCCAUCAAGAUCAUGUACCCCAGGACUGACCAACAGCGCCUCCGAGGGAUGAACAGCGGCUUCGUGCAGUUCAAGACACGUGCGCAGGCGGAACUGGCUCGAACCAAGCUCAAUGGCAAGGAGUAUUUUGGCAUGUGCCUGCGCAUUGAUUGGGGCCGAGCCAUUCAGCCGGUGAGGAAUGUGACGGCGGUCAUGGGCCUGGGUGUGACUCCCAGCAUCAUCAGCAAGCCCGCCUUGAUGCCGCAUGUGGAAACACCCAAGCCCAAGCCUAUGCCGAUGAUCACUUCCGGUGAGAGUUCUUCUGCCUCAAACAUUGGGGAGAGGAAAUCGCGGUGGAACUUGGCCAAGACUUUGGUGGUGAAAGUUCCUGAGGAUCAGGUUCUGAAGAAGCUUAUCGACAAGACUGCUGAGUUUGUAGCUGAUGAAGGGUGGGAAUUUGAGAAACUUCUCUUGGACAAGGAGAAGGGCAAUCCCAGGUUUGGCUUCAUGUCCGUCGAUAAAGACAAUCUGGAAGAGCCGCUGCAUGUCUACUACCGUUGGAGGACCUUUUCCUUCUCGCAAGGUGAUAAUGACAGGUUCUGGCGUACAGAGCCUUUUCAGAUCUACGAGAAUGGGCCCUUGUGGCAGCCUCCAGCUUGCGACAAGCGCGUUGAGGAGGUGCCCGAUGCCAUCCAGCGGAUCGACAUGCUAAUGCCAAGCGCUGGCGUGCAGGCUGGAGACCUCUUGGGAAGAAAAAGUGGCACCAGCGUCUCCACCAGUGGAAAGGACAAUGUCAUUGGCGGAGUGGGUCUGGCGCCCGAGGAGGUGUCGGCGUUCCAGGAGCUCAUUGGAGAUUUGACUCUAUCGCGCUCCUCCAUCCUGAAGGCCAUGGUCUUCUGUGUUGACAAGUCCAUGUCUUCGCUACAAAUUGCGCAGAAGAUCGGCGCAAGUAUCACGGAGGCGCAGUCAGGGCUCACAACACAGCAGCUGGUGGCGAGGAUGUACCUACUGAAUGACGUCCUGUACAACUCACAUUGCACAAAGCCCGGAGCCUCGCAAUAUCGACGGCAGUUUCAAGACUUGCUGCCAGAUGUCAUGGAAAGACUUCGAGAGGUUUGCGAUGGGAUUUCAAGCAUUGCGGCCUGCGCUCUUCGAGAUCGGGUGCUAAAGCUUGUCGAGAAUUGGACUGAAUGGGCCCUUUUCCCUCCGCGCUUCACGAAAGGAUUGGAGGCUGUGAUGUGCCACACUCCGGGUGAGGGCCCCUCGGGCCCCCAGGGCCAGGCACAGUGGCAGUCCACCACAGAUCUGGCUACUCUCGAGCGUGCUUGCCGUCAACGAGGUCUUUCAAUCAAAGGCAGUCGUGCGCAGCUGGUACAGCGGCUGUGCUUGUUUGAAGCAUACUGGCCACCAGAAGAGCUCCAAAGCGCACCGAAACUUCCCAAGGACCUUGGGAUUGAUGGAAAGAUUGAAGCAGGUCUGGACGGCGAGUCCUUUGACUGCGAAAUGGAAGAGUUGAGGCCCUCGCUUGGAUUGAGCGUGCUGCUACUCCCCGAGCGAUGGCAAGAUGGUAAAUCGUCAAAACCGAAGGUCCGCAAAACUGUUGCAUCAUCGGCAGCGCCAGCGCCCAUAGCGCCGAGUGCGGAGCCAAGCUCAAAGAAAGCCAAGAAAGAAACGAAGGAAACGAAGGAAAGCGCCCAGAAGGAGCCAAAGGAGAAGUCAGCUGAAGAGCUGCGUCGUGAAAGGCUGCGACAAGUCGAGGCAGAAGUGGAGCGAUAUCGGCAGCAACUGGAGAAAGCUCGCGAGCAGCCUGAGGUCCUGCAGAUGAAGUGUGACCGCAAGCGGAUGGAACUUCUGGAGGCUGCGGCCCACCAGGAGUCCUUCAGCGAGCAGCGUCUGAAGCAAGCCGCCGAGAGCGAAUUUGGAGGAGAGCGACAAGAGGCAAAGAAAGUGAUUUCCGAGAAAUCAGAGGUAGCGGCCAAAGUGGCCAGUGAGGAGGGCCGAGCGACUUCAAAGACACCGCAGGAUGGCAAGUCAGGGAAAGAGAAGGAGAAAACAGACAAGGAGGCAAAGACUUCCAAAGAUGCGAAAGACGGCAAGGUGAAGUCCAAAACCCUAGAGAAGGAGGCUGAGAAAGAGAAGGAAAAGGAGAAGGACAAAGAGAGGGACAAGGAGAAAGACAAGGAGAGAGACAAGGAGAAGGCAAAGGAGAAGGACAAAGAGAAAGAGAAAGGUAAGGAGAAGGAGAAGGAGAGGGAGAAAGAGAAAGAGAAAGAAAAGGAAAAAGAGAAAGAGAAGGAAAAGGAGAAGGAGAAAGAGAAGGAAAAGGAGAAGGAGAAGGACAAGGAAAAAGAAAAAGAGAAAGAGAAGGAGAAAGAAAAGGAGAGAGACAAGGAGAGGACAAAAGAGAAGGAGAGAGACAAGGGAAAAGAAAAAGCAAAGGAGAAGGAAAAGGAAAAGGACCGGGAGAAGGAGAAAGCGAAAGCCAAGGAAGUAGAAAAGGAGCGCAGGAAGAGGAGCCGCGAGCGUGAUGGAAGCUCGUCGGGGCGCAGGAAACGGAAAGCUAGCCCUGGUCGCACGCAGAAGAAGCGCUGA